ACACUCUAGUAUGCGUUGCGUAUAAAUAGUGGAACUUGUGAAUGAAUUUAUUUGAGUUAAGUGAUAAGAGAACUUGUAUCGACAUGUCCGAAAGAUACUCAGUAAUCGUCUUAUUGAUUGGAUUGCUACAAUGUGUCCAUGGUCUGCGCGUGAACUUGACGAUGUUCACCAACUGUCGCGAUCUCGACAUUGAGUAUGGCGAGGUUGACGUUGCCAUAACCAAGGUCUCGUACGAUCGGGAUGCGGAUGGCGUGUGCAACACGAUCCACGUUGAGUACCACAUAAAGAAACCGAGCGCUAACGAUGAAUGGGAGCUGGUCAUUGGCACCUACAAGUGCCCCCUGGGAACCACCGAUCUGUGCCUGGAAAAUGGCAGAGAGCAUGUAGAGGAAAUGACCUGCGAACGAUUACACACCGACGACAACGGGCCGUGGUAUAUGCUGUCCAGCGCGAUGACCAAUGGGGAUCGCUGUGGACGAGUCGAGGGUUUCUACAAUUUGGAUGCAGCCGUUCUGGAAAUUAAAUAUCUCCACAGCUACCUCGACGUUGGUAAAGGGUCAUAUCGAGUGCGAAUGUUGUUCCACGUGCCAGGAAAGGAACUAACUCAGAAGAACGUGAGAGGAUGCUGCGAAAUGGAUUUCGAUGUGAUUGACUAGGAUGACGGUUGUACACUCUCCCCAAUUUGUAUGACAUGAAUCGCGCUGUUACAUGGGAUAACUCUGGGAAAAUCAGUAUUGCAGUUACGAUACCACCUAAUGAAAAACUGUGUGUAGAUAAAAACACAUUGCCCAAUAUAAUUAAAACGUACUUAAAACAUUAA